AACACUGUUAGGGAUUAAAUGUCGUAAUGGCCAGUUUACUCAUGAAUAAACUGAUUAGUUUUAAUUAAUUUGUGUGCAUUUGUUUUCCGUUUCGUGUCUUCAUUUUGUAUUCAUCUUUUCCUCACUUUUUUUGACAACUUUUUGUUGUGAUUGAAAACAAAAAAAACUGUUGGUUGACUUUUAACCAACAAUCAGUGUAAAUAAGAUGAAUCUAUUAAUUACAAGUUGGAUACUUUUAAUACCAAACUGUUAUGCCAAUCAAAUAAACUAUAAUCACCAACAAUUGGAUAAUUUUACCAAUGAAAGUGGACUAAAAGUUGACCAACAAUCUCAACCGAAUGGAUUUAAAGUAGUCAACAAAAGAUCCUAUUCACUUUACGGAUCAAACAAUAAGCAAAUCCAAAGUGAACGACUCAAAUUACCAUCAAUGGCUGAACCGCAUAUUGUUAUGGAAGUUAUGGAUGAAUAUGUUGUUACUGGCAAUACUGCUGUUUUCAAAUGCAAUAUACCAAAUUUUAUUAAAGACUAUUUAAUCAUUUCAGCUUGGAUUGAAGAUCAAACCAUGGUUGUUAUUCAAUCACUUUCAAAUUAUGUGAUAAACAUGCAAACACUAGGUGAUAGCAGGUAUCUAAUGUUGCCAACGGGUGAACUUUACAUUCGCCAAGUUGACAGUACAUUGAACCAACGGAGCUACAAAUGCCGUGCAAGACACAAGUUGACUGGUGAAACCUACAUCAGCUCAACAGCGGGUAAACUUAUUGUUUCAGAAUCUCAUAAUGUGAUAAGUCCACGUAUAAGUGAUAUACGAUCUAUUGUGUUGGCUGUUAAAGGUGAUACAGUGAUACUUCCCUGUGUAGCUCAAGGUUAUCCUGUGCCACAUUAUAAUUGGCUUAAGAAAGAGUCAACGGAAAGAUAUUUGACCACUCUUUCACCCAGUUUGAUGGUUGAUGAAAGGAUGACCCGAUUAGAUGGCAUUGUAUUUAUUCAAAAUGUUAAAAUUCAAGAUUCUGGAAUUUAUGUGUGCCAAGUGAAUAAUACAAUUGGCGAGGAAAGAGCAGAAACUAAGCUGCUUGUCCGAGCUCCAUUGUCCGCAAAACUGGUGCCUUCAAGUGAAUCAACUGAUGUUGGAAGUUCACUAUUUCUUAACUGUUCGGUAACUGGCCAUCCAAUAGAUUCAAUAGUAUGGGAGAAAGAUCAUAAACCAAUUAAAGGAGAUUCAUCUGAACUCGGGAUACAUUUAGUGGCAAAAGAUUUGCUUCACAUUGAAUCGAUCAAAAGUAAACACCGAGGAAUAUACCAAUGUUUUGCCUCAAAUGAAUACGAAUCUGUCCAUGCUUCAUCACAAAUAAACAUAAGAGAUGAUCCUCCUGAGUUUAAGGAAACCUUUAAAUCACAAACUUUAGAUCCUGGUCCUUCAUUGUCACUCAAAUGUGUAGCAGCCGGUAAUCCGUUACCACAAAUAACCUGGACUCUUGAUGGUUUUCCAAUUCCAGAAAGCAUGAGAGUUCGUUUUGGUGAUUUUGUAACUAAGGAAAAUUUGGUCGUCAGUUAUGUCAACAUUUCAGAUGUGCGAGUUGAAGAUGGAGGUGAAUACAAAUGUAAAGCUGAUAAUGGAGCUUCAUCCAUUGAACACGGUCAACGUGUAAACAUCAAAGGACCUCCAACAGUUCGGCCAAUGGGAAACAUAACAAUUGUUGCUGGUGACCUUUUACUAAUCAACUGUCCAGUCGCUGGUUAUCCAAUUGAAUCGAUAACAUGGACAAAAGCUGGACAUAGACUGCCCGAUAAUCAUCGACAAAAGGUUCAUGAUAAUGGUUCACUUGAAAUACAUCAAGUUGAAAGCUCAGUUGAUGAAGGUUUUUAUGCUUGCCUUGCUCGUAACAAACAAAACCAACAAUCUGAGUCCAGUUUAUACAUUAGUGUUAAAGUGCGUCCAACAAUAGCCAACUUCUCAUUUCCUGCAAACCUCAGGGAGGGUCAACGAGCAUCAGUAAUUUGCACAGCAGCCAGUGGUGAUUAUCCGAUUCAUGUUAAAUGGUUGAAAGACAAUGUUCCCGUUAACCAUCAACGAGGCAUCAAAGUAUCCCAACUGUCUGACUAUUCAUCAAUCUUGCUCUUUGAAUCACUGGCAUUGGAACACAAAGGCAAUUACACUUGUAUAGCAACCAAUGAAGCUGGAACAGCAACUCACACUGCCCAUAUGAUUAUCCAUGUGCCUCCUCGUUGGAUUAUUGAACCAGUUGACAGUUCAGUUGUCCAAGGUCGAAGUAUAUCAAUAGACUGUCAAGCUGAAGGAUAUCCAAUUCCUCGAAUUCGUUGGACUAAAGGAGAAGGCUAUCAACAAGAGCCACCAACCAAUUUUAAACCCAUUAAUUCGAGUCCACACCUGCUUGUAUUUGAAAAUGGUUCCCUUGCUAUCCAUAAUGCUCAAAAAUCAGACGCUGGUUACUAUUUAUGUCAAACUAAUAACAAUAUUGGAGCCGGUUUGAGUAAAGUAAUUAAAUUAACAGUCAAUGUCGCUGCUCAUUUCGAGACAAAAUUUAAUGUAGUUACCGUUACUAAAGGCGAAGAGGCUCGCUUGCAGUGUAAAUCAAUUGGAGAUAAACCAAUAACCAUAACUUGGUCCAAAGAUAAAAUAAAUUUCACGCCUAGAGAUGAUCCAAGAUAUGAACUUUUCGAAGAAGCUAAUCCAGAAGGUAUGGUUUCUGAAAUACUCAUACGAGAUGCUGAUAGACGUGACUCAGCUCUAUUCACAUGUAACACUUUCAACAGUUUUGGUAAAGAUGAAACAAAUAUCCAAUUGCUCCUUCAAGAGCCUCCGGAUCCGCCUCAAGAUAUAAAAAUUGUUGAUCAUGAUGGAAGAUCAGCAACAGUCUCAUGGUCACCACCUUAUCCAGGAAACAGUCCAAUCAUUGAUUACAUUAUUCAAUAUAAAUUGGAUAAAGAAAAAUGGACAGCAACUAAAGGCUCAUGGAAUGCUAGUGCAUCAGGAGGAGUAACAUCUUAUCGGAUUGAAGGUCUUCACCCAUUAACUCAUUAUCAAUUGCGAAUGUAUGCAACAAAUGCAAUUGGCCGAAGUGAACCAAGCUCAGUAAUUCAUUUUCGUACUGAUGAAGAAGCUCCAGGAGGGCCUCCACUUCAUAUCAAGGCAAUUCCCAUGAGUUCAUCGUCUGUUCGAGUCACAUGGAAACCGCCUAAAAAAGAGUUGACUUUUGGUCCUAUUAUGGGCUAUUAUGUUGGCUAUAAGAUUAAAGAGACUAACCGGGAAGAAACUGGUGGAUCAUAUACUUACAAAACUUUGGAAGCCAAUGAUCGCUCAGUAAACAUGGAAGCUCAAAUAACUGGAUUAACUCGAGCAACAAAAUACUCAAUAACCGUCCAAGCUUUUAACUCGAAAGGUUCAGGUCCAGCAUCUGAAAAGAUUCUUGUCCAAACAUUAGAAAGAGAUCCACCUUCAACACCUAACUUAAAAGUGUCUUCAAAAACGUCCAAUUCAAUUACAAUUACAUGGUUACCCGAGUCUCAAAAUCAACCUGACACGCCAACAGGUUAUAUUGUCUACACGAAACGUUCAAGUUCAGACAAGUGGGAUUCAUCUGAAAUACCUGGAAGUCAAACUUCACAUACAGUAGAAGGUCUGAGCUGUGGAUCUUCCUACCAAUUUUAUAUCGUUGCAUUUGAUGAUAUUGGUAAAAGUGAUCCAUCAAACAUUAUUUAUGUCAAAACUGAAGGUCUUGCUCCAGUUGCGCCAGAUAAACACUCCCUGUUAACAAUAAAUUCCUCUGCCGCCGUUGUUCAUUCCGAUUCAUGGCAUGAUGGGGGAUGUCCAAUCGAUAAAAUGGAAAUAAUGUAUAAAGAAGAGAAAAAGAAAGAAUGGUUAACCUUACCUUUUGUGUUCCCUCCGUCCAAAGAAGAUAAAGAUAUUAUUAUAAGUGAUCUUCGACCUGCUACUUCUUAUGAGCUCAAAAUAAUUGCGACUAAUGAAGCUGGCUCAACUACUGUUUCUCACACAUUCAAAACAAACAGUUUAAUAAGAGCAGAAAAAGGGCCUUUCAUGAUUGGUAAUGAAGCAUCCAAAUCAGCGGUUGAUUCUAGUUCCUACUCUGAAUUAAAUUUAAUCUUACCAACAAUUAUCUCCAUUGGAGCUACUUUUAUCGUUUUGAGUUUUCUUAUUUGUAUACUAUUCUUGAAAAGACGUAAUAAUAACAUGAGCUUUUAUGAAAACCAGGGUCUUUAUGAACCAAGUAAACGUGAACCAGGUAGUGAAUCACUUCGCUUAACGUCGCUGGAUGGGACAUUGAAAAAAUCAACAAAUGGUGCAGCUGCUAGUCUAGAAUCAAGCAAUUACCCAUCUUCAUAUGGAAUGACCAAGAUUGAAUCAGAAAAGGAUUUAUCUGAUGGUCUUAUUGAGACAGAAGUUAAACGAGCAUGUCCUUCGCCCAUUAAGCAGCACGUACAAUUGAAUCAAGCUGAACCAUUAUACGCAACUGUUAAACGCACUCCUCGUCAACCACGAACUGAUGUACACGUCUACAAUUAUCCAAUUACACAAGCCACAUCAGAUUCUGGAUGUGCCUCAGAAGCUUCAUGGCAAAGUAUGUCAUUAGCCGGACAACCUAACCAAGGAACAAUCAACACAAACACAUUGUUACGAUUCCAUGAAGUAAAUGAUGAAAAAACUUUGACAGCAAUACCAAUUACUGCUGCUAGUUAUGCGACUUAUAUUGAGCGUCAACCCAUUCUGGUUUGUCAACAACAGCGCUACAAUAAUGGCAGCUACACACGAGGACCGAUUCCCCAAUAGUAAAAGUUAAAAGAUGCUCUUGUCAUUAAAAAGCUCAGAAAAUAAUUUAAAUUGGAAAUUCUGUUGUGCAUUCCAAAUAUCACGAUGGAUCUCAGGAAAUGACUUAAUGUCAGUGAUAAUUUUAUAACUUAAAGCAAAAGAGUAACCUUUUCCGGAUGUCAUUUUAAUAAUGAUUAUUCCACAAUGUUGUUAGAUUGCGUUCAAUAUAAUUUUCACCAUGUUUUACACAAGUGAAACUAACCAACGCUGAACACAUUGAGAUCAGCUAUGCCAUAAUGGAGUCGACCGUGACUUCACUCUUCCCAUUAUUUAUUAGUCAAACUUUUUAUUAGUAGUUUUUAUAUUAAUAAUUGUAAAUUUUUGCUCCUCAAUUUUUCUGUCCUCCAACUUUGAUUCAUUAACAUUAGACGAUGCUUCAUGUUUAACGCUUUUUUAUAAUGUAAAAGUAUGUUCUCCAUUUACUGAGUCUACUCUCAGUAGCCUUUAUUAACCUGCAAAGAAACACACUUUCCUGUGAGAAAUGCAAAAGUGUUUCAGGGUAAAUGCAAUAACAACCAUUAAUAUCAUGGUUGUGCAAAAAAAUUACACAAAAGCUGAUUAAAUGGAAGUGAAUCUAUUUUUUUUGUA